ACAGUUCCCUCCUGACGUCACCGGUUCCGUCCCAACACGGAAACGUGUCGAGUGGCCGCGUUGCUGUUAUUAUGGACUUAAAGCGCCACUGCUUAACUUAACUUACACCGUAUUUUUUGGGGGAGGAACUGCGCGCGCGGCUUUUUGCAAUGUUGAACGGCCGCUGGGAAGCGACUUUCUGACGGAUGGACGCUGGAAAUGGAGAGAGAGUUCGACCUCUGUUGUUAGUUGAAUAGCCUUCGCUGCUCCGCUCGCUCAGAGCCAUGAAACAAAGAGUUCUGGGGGUCACGGGGUCUGUGGCCCGUCUGCUGCUGUCUCUCCUCCUGCUGUCCUGCUGGGAAGGCCAGCUGUUCCAGGUCGGAGGGGUCCGACCCGUCACCCUCCCAGAAUCCCUCCUGUUCGUCUCCACCCUGGACGGCAGUCUGCACGCCGUCUCCAAACAGUCAGGAGAAAUCAAGUGGACCCUAAGAGAAGACCCCAUUAUUCAAGUACCUGUGUACCUCACAGAGCCCGGUUUCCUCCCGGACCCCAAUGAUGGCAGUUUGUACGUCCUGGGCGGCAAACACAAGGAGGGCCUGAUGAAACUGCCCUUCACCAUCCCAGACCUGGUUCAGUCGGCUCCCUGCAGGAGCUCUGAUGGUAUCCUCUAUACAGGUAAAAAGCAGGAUGUUUGGUUUGUGGUGGAUCCUGAGACGGGCGAGAAGCAAACCAGUUUAACCACCUCCUCCUCCGAAUCCAUCUGCCCCAACGCUCCUCUGCUCUACAUCGGACGCACAGAAUACAUGGUCACCAUGUUUGACACCAAGACCCAAGAGCUGCGAUGGAACGCCACGUACAAUGAUUACUCUGCUCCACCUUACGAUGACAAACAGGACUACAAGAUGGCCCACCUCGUGUCCAGUGGGGACGGUCUCGUUGUGACCGUUGACAGAGAGACAGGUGACGUCUUGUGGAGUCAGAACUACGGCUCGCCCGUCGUAGGGGUCUACCUGUACUCUGGCGACUCGCUGAGACACGCCCCUCACCUGUCCCUCGCCAUGGAAACGCUGCGAUUCCUCACCUUCUCCUCUGCCAACGAGCAGGAAGACGCGCACUCGACCUUGAAGUGGAGCUAUCAGUUUGUGAAGGAGCAAGCCAGCGCACAAGCACAGCUCGUACCCACUCUCUAUGUAGGAAAAUUGGACUCCCACCUCUACGCCUCCACCUCCCUCGUCCACCACGGAGUCUCGUUGGUGCCCCGGGGACUGACCUUGGCUCGAAUCGAGGGUCCCGUCACGGCGGGAGUGACGGUCAGUGAGCAAGGGGAGUGCGAGAUCACGCCGGUCACUGACGUGCGCUAUCCAGCAGGAAGCACAAACAGCCGGAAAAACCACUGGUUGCUUAUAGGUCAUCACGAGCUCCCUCCAGUGGCUCACACCACCAUGCUCAGGGAUUUCCCAGCCGGCCUGCAGCGUUCUGGUGAGGCUGUCAUCCCCCCUCGACCUUCCUCUGCUUCGCCCGCCUCCUACUACCACCAGCGCUACUUCGAGACAGUCGCUGGUCGCCAUAGCGACGCUGACAGAGGAGGGGUCGACGGGAGGGCGGCGGGACAGACCCAGAGGCCGGCCGCCGUGCUGCCGGGCUAUUUGACCCAGGACCGCCUGACUCUGGCGGUCCUGACGCUGCUGCUGGGAGGGUGGCUGGCCUUCGCGCUCACGUACCCCGUGCGUGCUGCUCAUCAGCUGAAGGCUCAGCGGCAGCUGGAGGAGGCGUUCGAGUCUCGUCUCCAGCGCCUGCAGACCAACAUGCAGACGGUGACCUCGGCCUCUUCAGACACGUCGGUUUCUCCUGACACAAACCCCCCGUGUGACUCUCCGCCUGCAUCUGCCGACCCGCCACCUCCUCCUCCCACUCAAAGCAGCAGCACCCCAGAUGUGGAUCGAAACGGCACAGCUGGACACAAACCCCCAGAAGGAAACAGCGAGGAGGUGCAGGUGGGUAAAAUCUCCUUCACGCCGUCUCAGGUGCUCGGACACGGCACAGCGGGAACCUUUGUCUUCAGGGGUAAUUUCGAUGGGCGGCGCGUAGCGGUGAAGCGAAUACUGCCGGAGUGUUUCGAGGUAGCCGAGCGUGAGGUGCAGCUCCUCCGAGAGUCCGACACUCACCCCAACGUCAUCCGGUACUACUGCACGGAGAGAGACCGCCUCUUCACCUACAUUGCCAUCGAGCUGUGCGCCGCCACCCUGCAACAGUACGUUGAGGAUCCGUCUUGCUUUCCUGAGCUGAAUCCUAUAACUCUGCUGGGACAGACCAUGUGUGGCCUCUCACACCUCCACUCACUCAACAUAGUCCAUCGUGACCUGAAGCCAAGAAACAUUCUGCUCUCCGGUCCCGGUGCGCUGGGUCGGGUCCGAGCCCUCAUCUCCGACUUUGGACUCUGUAAGAAGAUCCCAGACGGCCGGAGCAGCUUCUCUCUGCGGUCCGGAAUCCCGGGAACGGACGGGUGAAUCGCUCCCGGAGUUAAUGGGAGGACUUCAGGCAACAAACCGACGGCCGCGGUGGACGUCUUCUCGGCGGGCUGUGUGUUCUACUUCGUGGUCAGCAGGGGGCAGCACCCCUUUGGUGACCCAUUAAGACGGCAGGUCAACAUCCUGUCAGGGGAAUAUUGCCUCUCGCAUUUUAUGGAGGAUAUGCACGAUGACGUCAUAGCGCGGGACCUGAUCGAGCAGAUGAUCAGCGCGGAGGCGGAGGCGCGGCCCUCCACCGCCUGCGUGCUCAAACAUCCGUUCUUCUGGAGCCCCGAGAAGCAGCUGCUCUUUUUCCAGGACGUGAGUGACCGCAUAGAGAAGGAGCCGGCCGACAGUCCCAUCGUGGUCAGACUGGAGACCGCGGGGAGAGCGGUGGUUCGAACCAACUGGAGGAUGCACAUCUCUGUGCCUCUGCAGACAGACCUGAGGCGGUUCAGGACAUACAAAGGGAACUCGGUCAGGGAUCUGCUGCGCGCUAUGAGGAAUAAGAAGCACCACUACCACGAGUUGCCUCCGGAGAUGCAGGAGACCCUCGGCGAGCUGCCCGACGGCUUCGUUUUCUACUUCACCUCCCGGUUCCCACGGUUACUGAUGCACACACACGCCGCUGUGCACAUCUGCUCGCACGAGAGACUGUUCCACCCGUACUAUCUACCCCCCAACGGCAAAUAGCAAUAGCAUGACCCCGACCAGUACACGACUACGUGCACACACACUGAUGUACUUUUAUGUGAGCGACAGAAAGUGCCCCUUUAUUGCUUUUGUAAAGCCUGCACUGUUUUCGGGUACAGUGCUGUGAAAAAGUUUUUAUGUGGCUUGAGUUAUUUUAUAGAUGCAUUCUAUUUUUCUGCAGCUGUUCUAAGGUUAAAUUAGAAAGCUCUCCUCCACUAAAGCUGACUACUUAUUGUUUAUAUCAAUAACAAAUAAGGUUUUUAAACCACAUUUUAACAUAUAACCCCAUCAGAACUUUUCUAUUUAGUACCCUGAAAGUUCUACUACAGUAAAAACAUGAACCUGUUUCCUAAACACAACAAUCCUUAGUUUCAGGUGACACACCAAUGAUAACAGUCAUUUCUGCUAAUUGAGCUACCAAAAUACGACACACUGUUCUUUCUAUUAAUUAGCCAUUCAAUAAAAAUAACUAAGAGAGAGAUUAUGACGCGCAACAAUGAAAUGUUUAUCUUAAACUAAUGUUAUUUAAUAUUACAGUAAACUAAAAGGAAAAGGAAAAUGUAAUUUAUUUUAGAAUGAUAUUCAUUUGAAAUAAAUGAAAACGAAGAUGAUGUUCACCUGUUAAGAGCUCUGAAGUCCAGAUGAAACAGCACCACACACACACACACACACACACACACACAACGCACACUUUGUCACAGCACUGUAGGCAACACACACACACACACACACCGGAGAGCAGGUUUUUAUAAAGGAUGAAGCUUUAGUUGCCGUUCUAACCUGUUUACUGCCGCCGUGCUUCUCUCAGCUGCUCCGAGCGCCAAAGACUCCACAAAGUUUGCGUCGCUGUUUGUUUGCGCGUGUUUGCUGUGUGCGUCUGGGGCUAAAAGCUGCACUGACUGCAGAAUGUACCGAGCCUUGUUCCUCACAAAGAAGCAGUACUGAAAUGUACCAGUCGAGUGUCAUUGGCACUGUGAAACGUGGGCGGGUUCUGGGCAAAACGAGACCGAUCACCAACGCGCGCAGGCGCUGAUGCAACAAGGGAGACCUCGCGGUUUGCCGAUUUAAUUUAUAUUGAUAAGAUAUCUUCACUCCUGCGUGUCGACGUUGCUUGAGCUUUUCAGCAUUUCAAACUGACACGCAAUGCUGUCAGAGAUUCGUGAAGUAUCUCCCUGUAACUCCAGGAGGAAGGUUUUUUUUUUUUUUCAUUGGUCUGCAGUAGAAUGAAUGAUGAAGAAUCACAACUUUUGUACUUUUUUGUGAGUGAGUGAAUUAAACUGAUGCUUUGUGCCAAAGAAUUAUUCAAUAAAGUGUCUAUGAUGGUUUGUGAACAUACUGAAGAAAA